AUGGCAUCCUCGUCUCUCUACAACCAAAUCUUCGACCUGGAAGAGCGAACAUGGCAGGCGCUCAAACGGCAGGGAACUGAUUUGUUGCCAUUCCUGACCAAGGACGCCAUCUUCAUGUUUCCCAUGGGAAUGAAGAUCACUGCAGAAACUGAACCAUCCGUCCAGGACAUUCUGCACUCCAAGGCCUUUGUUCCCUGGAAGACAUUUGAGUUGUCAAAGGUCAAUGUCACUCCCGUCGGGCCCGAAGGAGCAGUCAUCUCAUACCGGRCCAUUGCUACACGAGUUUCGACAGGAAAGGAAGAUGAUCGCGAAACGCUCUUUGAUGCGCUGUGCUCUAGUGUGUGGAGACUUGAAGAUGGGAAAUGGAUGAUGUGCCUCCACCAGCAGACAUUGUCGAACUAG